AUGAGAAAUAGCUUUGCUGACGUGCCACCGGAUGUCCGCUUUCAGAUAUCAUGGACCGACAUUCGAGUGGCGUGCAUGGCAUUCACAAAGCCGAUCUUCCCUUUCGUCCGCUACGCUCGUCCCUCUGGGCUUACGCUUAUACCCCCUAGCAAAGAUCAUGCUAGGACUGCAUCGCGUUUGAUUCAGUUGUUUGAGAUACCCGGCGUCUUUGGUGAACCCAUGUCCAAGGCGAUAUACGACCUGACUGAACUAAUCUGGUAUGCGGAGUGGAUCAAAGGCGAUCCAAAGUCAUCGCAGAGCUUUGACGACGAAACGGAGGAUUACUUCAAUACAGAAGUGCUCUACGUCGAGUAUGCCCUACACACUGACCGAUACACGCCGACCGGUGAAACAAAGGGGGACGCAACGAUCGAAGGUUGCGUCCGGCUAGCGUGCUUGCUGUUCCACAACUCCACCAUAUGGGAAUUCUACCCGGCGAUGGGUCCGGUGUUUUCGAAGCCGAUUGUCGGACUCCGAGUCGCACUUGAAACGACGAUCCCGGCUGGGUACUUCAACCUGUGUCGGGAAUUAUUGAUCUGGGUUCUGUUUGUGGGGGCUUGCAGCUCGCGGCUCUUGGCCCGCGAGCACACGUUCUUCAUGACUGAAUUGACUAUGGCCGUGAGGAACCAGGGAUUCCACUCCUGGCAGGACCUGCGAGAGCUUCUGCUGGGAUACUUCUACGUGGAUCGCUGUUACUUGACUUCACUGCGCGAGUUGUGGGACGAGAUUCACAUUGAUGCCGAUGCCAGUCGGUUGAACCUGUGUUAA